GCAGAGCAUCCUGGAGUCUGUGCUUUCAGCCCUCCCUCAAGCUUGGCAGCGUACCACCCGAGUGUUUCUGCUGCCACCUCCAUUUAUUUAUCUGUCCCCAGGAGCUGCCAAGUGCAGCAAAAGUCGGCUAACCCAGCACAAAAGGAGAAUAAACAGCAUGCACUUUGUGAAUUUUGACGCUCUAAUGUUGAUAUAAACUUUAUGUAAAUCUUCCCAUGCUGAUGCGUUCACUACAUUUGGGAGCUGUGCAGCCAUCAGCUUCCUAGCUGCUCUCCUUGCUGAUACUGAAGAGUCUAGGAUUUGGGACUAUUCAAAAUGAACGAACACCCUAAAAAGAGAAAACGGAAGACUCUACACCCUUCUCGAUAUUCAGAUUCUUCAGGUGCAACCAAAUACAUAGAUAAUAGCGGAAUUCUUUCUGACCACUGCUAUAGUGUCUGUUCUAUGAAACAACCAGACAUAAAAUAUUCUGAAAACAGAGGUAGAUACCACAGUCCCGUGCAGAGCAUAGACACAGAUGAUGAUGGGAGUCCAGUGCACGCUGGCACUUCUCACUGGAGUGGGUCACAUUCAAAUGUUGUGGGGUUGCACUAUACAGAACCUAAAAAGAAGGAUAAAGGUAAAGAUAAAGCUACUAAUAAUGGAAUGUGUAAAGACAUAUGUGAUUCACCGAUAUUCAGUGAGAUCCCUACAGAAGAGGAGAAACCUCUUGAUAUUCAAACUGUAGAAAUUUCUACAACGGAAGUUAAUGCUGUAGAAGUUCACGAUAUAGAAACACAAACCGUGUCACCUGAGAAGCUAGAAGCUGAGGAUCUAGAGGAGAUCCCUCUUGAAACCUGUAAAAUCUUCGAGAAGAACCAGGCCUUGAACAUCACAGCUCAACAGAAAUGGCCUUUGCUGAGAGCCAACAGCAGUGGCCUGUACAAGUGUGAGCUCUGUGAGUUUAAUAGCAAGUACUUUUCUGAUUUAAAGCAGCACAUGAUCCUGAAGCACAAGACAUGUACAGAUACUCAUGUCUGUAAAGUUUGUAAAGAGAGUUUCUCCAGCAAAAUGCAGCUAAUUGAACAUGUAAAGCUACAUGAGGAAGAUCCGUACAUCUGCAAAUACUGUGAUUACAAAACAGUGAUAUUUGAGAAUCUGAGUCAGCACAUAGCAGACACUCACUUCAACGACCACCUUUAUUGGUGUGAGCAGUGUGAUAUGCAGUUCUCUUCGAGCAGUGAGCUGUACCUGCACUUCCAGGAGCACAGCUGUGAUGAACAGUACCUGUGUCAGUUCUGUGAGCAUGAAACAAACGAUCCAGAAGACCUGCACAGCCACGUGGUGAAUGAACAUGCGUGUCGGCUGAUAGAGCUAAGCGACAGCUAUAAUAACAAGGAGCGUGGACAGUACAGUCUCAUAAACAAAAUUAGUUUUGACAAAUGCAAAAACUUUUUUGUAUGCCAAGUGUGUGGCUUUAGGAGCAGGCUGCAUACCAAUGUCAACAGGCAUGUUGCUAUUGAACACACCAAAAUAUUCCCUCAUGUUUGUGAUGACUGUGGGAAGGGCUUUUCAGGUAUGUUGGAGUAUUGCAAGCAUUUAAGCUCUCAUUUAUCUGAAGGGAUUUAUUUGUGUCAGUACUGUGAAUAUUCAACAGGACAGAUUGAAGACCUUAAAACCCAUUUGGAUUUCAGGCAUUCGGCAGAUUUACCUCAUAAAUGUACUGAUUGUUUAAUGAGGUUUGGAAAUGAGAAAGAUCUUCUAAGUCAUCUUCAGAUACAUGAGACAGCUUGAUUACCUUCUUUCCUUGUAAUCAGCUUGUUAGAACCCAAAUUAAUUUUCAGUCACUAAAAUGUAUUAAAUACAGUUUUAACAGCACUUGUACAAUUCUAAUGUUUUUAUAUCAACAAAGCAUGUAUAACAA